AUGACAGAUGUCAUGGAGAGCGAGAAAUCGACACAGAGGAAGAUCCCUCACUGGAGACAGGUAACUGAUCCAGGUGCUGUCACCCCAGAGAUAAUCAAUUACCCCUACUCCGGAUCUGGGACGGAAGAAGACCCUUACCUCGUACAAUGGAUUCCUAACGAUCCUCGAAAUCCGAUGAACUAUUCCGCCGUCAAAAAGUGGUCCAUCACCUUCGUUGUUGCCAUAGCUACCCUUGCUGUCGCCAUGAUAUCGUCUGCGUAUACUGGAGGUGCGAUAAAGAUUGCUCGGGAGUUUCGUGCGGACGCAGAGGUUAUCACACUAGGUGUUUCAUUGUUCGUGCUUGGCUUUGCAAUUGGUCCACUGAUUUGGGCACCUAUGAGCGAACUAUUUGGCCGCCAGGUGCUUUUCUUUGGCACUUAUCUCGCAUUAACAGCCUUCAAUGCCGGGGCUGCUGGCAGUCCUAACAUACAAACGUUACUUGUACUCCGAUUUUUUGCCGGCUCCUUUGGCUCAUCACCCUUGACAAAUGCUGGCGGUGUGAUUGCAGAUAUGUUUCCAGCCUCCCAUCGAGGUUUGGCUAUGGGUUUGUUUGCCAUUGCCCCAUUUUUGGGGCCAGUAUUGGGCCCCGUAAUAGGAGGGUUCCUAGGCGAGUCAGCAGGAUGGAGGUGGGUUGAGGGCCUACUGGCCAUCUUUUCCGGUACAGUCUGGAUUAUUGGAUCGAUUUUCUUACCGGAAACUUACCCCCCCGUCCUCCUCCGCAAGAGGGCGCAGCGACUUUCGAAGCUAACCGGGAAAGUGUAUGCAAGCAGAAUGGACAUUGAACAAGGGAAGCUGUCCAUUGGCCAAGCAUUCCAAACUGCGCUCAUGCGGCCCUGGAUUCUCCUUUUCUGUGAGCCUAUUGUCUUCUUGCUAUCGAUAUAUAUGGCGAUUGUCUACGGGACCCUCUACAUGCUCUUCUCGGCAUUUCCUGUCGUUUACCAACAAUAUAGAGGCUGGACCCCGGGGAUUGGGGGUCUGGCAUUCCUGGGAGUCUUGGGCGGGAUUCUUAUAGCUAUGGUCGUGAAUCUCUUGGAUAGCAGGAGAUAUGCAAAAGUUUCCCAGGAAUACAAAGGCUUCGCACCCCCGGAAGAGCGACUCCCGGUUGCAAUUAUUGGCGGGAUUGCUAUCCCUAUCGGACUCUUCUGGUUUGCCUGGACCAAUGGGCCUCAGAUACACUGGAUUGUUUCAAUUAUAGCAUCAGCCCCGUUUGGUUUUGGUAUGGUACUAGUCUUCCUCAGUCUAAUGAAUUACCUUAUCGACGCAUAUACAAUAUACGCUGCUUCAGUCCUUGCCGCCAACUCUGUCCUCCGAUCACUCUUCGGAGCCGCAUUUCCACUGUUCACUCGAUACAUGUAUCAGAACCUUGGAAUUCACUGGGCUUCUACUAUACCCGCCUUCCUAGCACUAGCAUGUGUUCCGUUCCCAUUUUUAUUUUACAAAUACGGCGCAGAUAUUCGAAAGCGUUGCAAAUUCGCUGGCGAGGCAGAUGCUUUUAUGCAGAAAAUUAUACAAGCAAACUCGGCACAGCUUGAAAGCGAUCUGGAGAUAUCAGAAACAGACCCUACAUCGCGGCGAAGCAGCUUAGAGCUGGGGAGAGCCGGGGAUACACUUGCCCGAAUACAGUCCGCUAGAUCCGGCCUAACUCGUACUCAUACGGCAGCAACCAUCGAGUAUGAAGGAAACCCAUAUGACAUUGACCGUGUAAACACCCGUCUUUCUCGGGUUAGCACGACAAAGUCCCGAGGCCAUUAA